UAUCGCUAGCGUUAGCCGCCCCCCGCAUCCUCCACAGCCGUCUGAUUUAACCUUGUCCUGCGAGAGAUCCCGAUUCCUUUAACGCUGGCGCACGUACUUGCAUCGGUCGCAAGUCUAGGGUACUCCUGGGCUGAAGUCGGCGGAGUCUUCCUGUGAGUCACCGCGACGCAUUGCCCUUUGACUUUGGAGCAAAUUGCAUAUUGUCACGGGCUGAGCGCCCUAUUUCAGCAAUCGUAUAUAGCUUUGCAUCUGCCACCCCACUUUGAAUUUUCGAUAUACCGAUAAAUAUGGUGGAUGCACCAGAAUCAGCGACCAAUACGGUCAGCGAGGGCGAAAAGGCGCCACCUCACACCCUUGUUGUAAAUGACAAAGUUCCAGACGACAAGGUGAACCUGCGCUUCCUGAUGAUAUCGGGGCAGAGGACGGACGUUUUUUUGGAGCCAAAUGACACGGUUCAAGUCGUCAAGAGAAAAAUAUAUGCCGUGUGGCCUAGAGAGUGGGCUAGCGAGACACCUGAGGCACCUGAAAACUUGCGGAUUUUGCAUCAUGGGCGAUUUUUGGAAGAGCCCAAGACGCUAGCUGAAUAUAAAAUUCAGCCAGGCCAAACGACUACUGUCCACCUUCUGGUCAAGCCAACUCCUCAAACGGAAGAUAAUUCGGGCGAAAAACCAAGGCAGGCAGCUGAAGAAGGCGGCGUUUGCCGCUGCUGUACGCUGCUUUAGCAGGAAAGACUCUGCGCGCACGUGUGUCGUAGUCGAGCUACGAGAUGGUGGGCCUGGAUAUGGCGUUUGAUGAUCCUGUGGAUAUAUCGUUGCUGUUACUGGGUUAGCUGGGAACCUAGAGAGGGCGAAAAUCUAGGAGGAUUUCUUUGUGCAAGUUAUUUUAGCGAAUUUUUAUCUUAAUUGUCGUCCAUUCGAUCAGUAUCAGGAAAUCGCAGCACAGACAUAUACACGAAGCGAUAUAGAUUACAGAUUUUGAUCAACCCCAGCCAGUACUCC